GAAGGGAGAGGACCGCAGGCCGCGAAAGCACACAUAAAGCAGCCUUGCUCUUCGUGGGUGGAAACUUCCCAGGCCGCGAGCAGAGCGGGAGGGGGCGGCGGGGCGGCGGGGCGGCGGUUCCCCUAGCCUAGGCAGAGAACUGCGCGCGCGAGGCUCGGGGCGCACUGCGAGCGCGGCGGCCGCCGCCUCCUCCCCUCCCCGCCUCCGCUAGCGCUGCCUCCUCCCUCCGCCCGGCUCGGCCUCCCUAGCUCCCUCCCCUCGUGGCUGGCUCCGGCGGCAGCGGCGGGCGGGGAGGGCGUGCGCCGGUCGAGAGGUGUCGGCUGCGAGGCAAGGGAAGUUUCAAGUGGAAGGUCGUCCGCCGGCCGGCGCGUCCUCCCGCUCUCCUCCGGCAGCAUCAUGGCGGAGCCGAGCGGCUCGCCCGUGCACGUCCAGCUUCCCCAGCAGGCGGCCCCGGUGACAGCAACGGCAGCGGCCCCGGCGAUCGCAACAGCAGCGCCCGCCCCAACCCCGGCGGCCCCUGCGGCCCCAGCCCCGGCCCCGGCCCCAGCGGCACAGGCCGUGGGCUGGCCCAUCUGCAGGGACGCGUAUGAGCUGCAGGAGGUUAUCGGCAGUGGAGCUACUGCUGUGGUUCAGGCUGCCCUAUGCAAGCCCAGGCAAGAACGUGUAGCAAUAAAGCGGAUCAACUUGGAAAAAUGCCAGACCAGUAUGGAUGAACUAUUAAAAGAAAUUCAAGCCAUGAGUCAGUGCAGCCAUCCCAACGUAGUGACCUAUUACACCUCUUUUGUGGUAAAAGAUGAACUUUGGCUGGUCAUGAAAUUGCUAAGUGGAGGCUCAAUGUUGGACAUCAUCAAAUACAUUGUCAACCGAGGAGAGCACAAGAAUGGAGUUCUGGAAGAGGCAAUAAUAGCAACAAUUCUUAAAGAGGUUUUGGAAGGCUUAGACUAUCUACACAGAAAUGGUCAGAUUCAUAGGGAUUUGAAAGCUGGUAAUAUUCUUCUGGGUGAGGAUGGUUCGGUACAAAUAGCAGAUUUUGGGGUAAGUGCAUUCUUAGCAACAGGGGGUGAUGUUACAAGGAAUAAAGUAAGAAAAACAUUUGUUGGCACCCCAUGUUGGAUGGCACCUGAAGUCAUGGAACAGGUGAGAGGCUAUGACUUCAAGGCUGACAUGUGGAGUUUUGGAAUAACGGCCAUUGAAUUAGCAACAGGAGCAGCGCCUUAUCACAAAUACCCUCCCAUGAAAGUGUUAAUGUUGACUUUGCAAAAUGAUCCACCCACUUUAGAAACCGGAGUAGAAGAUAAAGAAAUGAUGAAAAAGUAUGGCAAGUCCUUUAGAAAAUUACUUUCACUGUGUCUUCAAAAAGAUCCUUCCAAAAGGCCCACAGCAGCAGAACUUUUAAAAUGCAAAUUCUUCCAGAAAGCCAAGAACAGAGAGUACCUGAUUGAGAAGCUGCUUACCAGAACGCCAGACAUAGCCCAAAGAGCCAAGAAGGUAAGACGAGUUCCAGGGUCAAGCGGUCACCUCCACAAAACCGAAGACGGGGACUGGGAGUGGAGUGACGACGAGAUGGAUGAGAAAAGUGAAGAGGGGAAAGCAGCAGCUUCUCAGGAAAAGUCACGAAGAGUAAAAGAAGAAAAUCCAGAGAUCUCGGUGAACACCAGCAGUAUCCCCGAGCAAAUACAGUCCCUCUCCGUGCACGACUCUCAGGGCCAACCCAACGCAAGUGAAGACUAUAGCGAAGCUUCUUGCGCUGUGAACCUCGUUUUAAGAUUGAGAAACUCCAGAAAGGAACUUAAUGAUAUACGAUUUGAGUUUACUCCAGGAAGAGAUACGGCAGAUGGUGUAUCUCAGGAGCUCUUCUCUGCUGGCCUGGUUGAUGGUCAUGAUGUAGUUAUAGUGGCUGCUAACUUACAGAAGAUCGUAGAUGAUCCCAAAGCUUUAAAAACAUUGACAUUUAAGUUGGCUUCUGGCUGUGAUGGGUCGGAGAUUCCUGAUGAAGUGAAGCUGAUUGGGUUUGCUCAACUGAGUGUGAGCUGAUGUAUGUCCCUUGCUGUCACCCUGAUCUGUUGUGGCCCCCCCCCACACCCACUUCCUGUCCACUUCCUCCCACCCCCUCACUCCCAGUCCCAGCAAAAUCAGAAGAUUGUGAAGAGGCUGGCUUCAAUGAAAUGGGAUAAAAAAUAAUUUUUUAAAACUUACAACACUCCGAGUUCUGCUUUAUUCUCUAGCAAUCCACUGUAUGAGAACAAGCAAAUGCUACAGCUGCCUGACUGUUGCUGAUUUUUCCAAAAGCUAUUUAAUAUUCUUAGCAUUCAAUUCGGAUAGCCCUUAAAUGAAAAGAAUCUGAAAUACACUCAGGUGGUCCUAUUUACUGGCAACAAAAGGAAUUUUCUAUCAAAAGCCUAUUUCUCCUUUCAUUGUUGUUAUUUCUGUUAUAACACUUCAAUUGUACAUCUGACAAUACUGCCUCUUUUAUGUUGUACUUAGAAAUUAAUAUACUUAUAAAAUUAAGAUUUAUUAGCCAAACUUGAAUUCUAGUUUUAAAACUGACUGUGAAUUUUAUUUUUCAUAUAUUUAUGCAUUACACACCUUAGCUAUAAGAAAAAAAAGUUUUUUGAUUAUAUGCUUCUUGCAGUUAAUCUCUUGUUAUUUAAACAAAAAGUUUCAGGUCUAUCUUUGGAGUAUUUAUAAAUUCUAAUUUUUGAAAUGACUGAAUUAGGAACUUGGAUGCUUAUUCUUUUGGCUUGUUUGCCUAAAAACCAAUCCACAAUCUGAUUGUCUCUUGGGAGAGGGAGGUGCCUUGCAUAAUUUCACAUGAAGAAUGUGCCUGAGGCUGCUUUCCUCUGGAAUAGUCUCAGAUCUAAAAUUUCCUCUACAUAAGGUGGCAUAUGUAAGAUCUGCUUAAUUGGAACAUUUAGAAUGCAUUAAAAAAAAUGUUGCCAUUCUGUUAGGUUGCUAACUGUAAACCCAUCUCUGAUUUGGCUCUCCUUAAGAGAUAGGAUUUGUUAUUCUAAAGGUGAUAAACUUGAAAAUAUCAGAAUCUGAGUUUUACUUGAAAUUCUGCAGAAUACCUAGAUGGAGUGAAAAUAAUAGAAAGGGUUUUGUGCAAUGACUAAAAGGUAAAAUGCUGUUAAGUUUCAAGAAUAAAUACUUUCAACCCAGGUAGCCUUCUGCUUGACUAUAUAUUCUGGAACUAGUACACCUUAGGAUUUUCACAAUUGGAGUCUAAACUUUCAGGGAGGUGGGCUCCCAGGAUGGCACCAUGGCUCUUUCCUAGCUAACCCUAGAUACGGCAGCUCUUUAAUGUACUUUCAAAAGCAAAUAUAUAUUACUAAGGACAAAAAGUUAUUUAUAAUUGCCUUGUCAUAAUUGUUAAGGUGUUCUAGAGCCAUUUGCAUACAAUUUAAUGUAAUUUCAUUCCAUUCUAUUGUUUACACAACGAUUACUCAAAGAUGACUGCAAAGGUAAAAGGAAAAUAAAAGUGUAUUGCACAAUGAAA